AUGUUCCCUCUUGGCUCCUCACCAGGUUUUGCUCCAUAUCUUCCCUCUGUGCUUCUUUCCCCCCUCCUCACUUCCCCCCACACUCUACCUCCUUGUGCCACCUGCCAUCCUCUCACAGGCGGCGACUCGCUGGAGAUCUGGGCGCUGGGCGCUGGGGAACUGGGCGCUGGGGAACUGGGCGCUGGGGAACUGGGCGCUGGGGAACAGGGCGCUGGGGAACUGGGCGCUGGGGAACUGGGCGCUGGGGAACUGGGCACUGGGGAACUGGGCGCUGGGGAACUGGGCGCUGGGGAAUUGGGCGCUGUGGAAUUGGGCGCUGCACGCGCAGGCAGUGGGUCCGGGCGGCCAAUUCAUUCAUGGCUGGGUGCUGCAUGGCUGGGUGCUGCAUGGCUGGGUGCUGCAUGGCUGGGUGCUGCAUGGCUGGGUGCUGCAUGGCUGGGUGCAGCAUGGCUGGGUGCAGCAUGGCUCGGUGCUGCAUGGCUGGGUGCAGCAUGGCUGGGUGCUGCAUCUACAAACGCUUUCCUACACGUGGCUCAACUAGCCAUCACUAGCAUACUCUCGCCGCGACCUACGCCGUCGCCGCCGUUCCCCCCCCCCCCUCCCGCCGCGAUUACGCCUUCCUCGCAUGCGGAUACCACCGCCGCGAGCGCAACGCCGCUGUCCCCUCCUCCCCCCCGCCGCGACCCCCUGUCGCCGCCGCGCCUGAUUCGGUGCCGCCUGCGCAUCCCGCCGCCGCGACGCCUCGUCGCCGCCUGCCCGUCCCUCCGCCGCGACGUCACGUCGCCGCGUUCCUGCCGCCGCGCCUUCUACGGCGCCGCCUGCGCAUCCUGCCGCCGCAACGCCUCAUCGCCGCCUGCCCGUCCCUCCGCCGCGACGUCUCGUCGUCGCGUACCCGCCGCCGCGCCUGCUUUAGCGCCGGCUGCGUAUCCUACCGCCGCGACGCCUCGUCGCCGCCUGCCCGUCCCUCCGCCGCGACGUCACGUCGCCGCGUUCCCGCCGCCGCGCCUGCUACGGCGCCGCCUGCGCAUCCUGCUGCCGAGACGCCUCGUCGCCGCCUGCCCGUCCCUCCGCCGCGACGUCUCGUCAUCGCGUUCCCGCCGCCGCGCCUGCUUCAGCGCCAGCUGCGCAUCCUGCCGCCGCGACGCCUCGUCGCCGCCUGCCUGUCCCUCCACCGCGACGUCACGUCGCCGCCUCCCCGUCCCACUGCCGCGACCUAACAUCGCCGCCUGCGCAUUCCGCCGCCGCGACUGCUCGUCGUCACCGUCCCGCGCCCCCCCCCCCCCUCCCCCCGCCGCGAUUUCGCAUUUCCGCCUCCCCUCCCACCGCCGCACCUGCUUCUGCGUCACCCACGCAUUUCGCUGCCCCUUCUGCAUCGCCACCCGCCCGCAAUUUCCCCCGCCGCAACUGCAACAUCGUCGCCCCGUGGUUCCCGUUAACGCAACUGCGCCGCCGCCGCCCUGCCGCCGCCACUGCUUCGGCGCCGCCUGCCCAUCCUCCACCGCGACCGCGCCAUCCCCGCCCGCACUUCCUGCCGCCGUGACUGCCCCGUCGCCGCCUGCAGAUUCAGCCGCAACUGCACCCUCCCUUCCUCCUCUCCCUACUCCUCUCCCCCCCCCCCCCCCCCCCUCCCCCUCCCCCUGCGCCCCUCGUUGCCGCGGCCUGCCUGUCGCCGCCGUCCCUCGUUUCGCCGCCGCAGCCAUUUCCCCGCCGCCAUCACCUUUCCGCCGCCGCAACCUGCUUGCUGCCGCCGCUCUCAACAUCGCCGUCGCGGCCCUUCCGCUGUCGCCUGCGCCCUUCGUCGUCGCGGCCUGCUUGCCGCCUCCGCCCCCGACUUUGCCACCGCCUCCCCUUCCCGCCGCCGCACGUUCGCACAGCCGCCUGCGCCCUUGUCACCUGUUACUCCUCGCCCCUCCCUUCUCAACACUCCGACCCUCCACUCCUCCCCCCCCCCCUUAUCUCCACCUGCUCACCUCCUCCCCCCCUCCCCAUCUGCGGCUGGGGCCACCGAAACCGCACUAA